AUGCUUCGGAAGCUGGAUCUAGACUAUAUUCACAGUGUGAUUGAACAGCAAUUGUGUUUAGAGCAGAUCCAUUUAAAAGUACAGAUCCUGCCUGCACCAAACUUGUAUCCACUAGAUAUAUCUAGCGAUGAUGCAUCUUUCAAAAUAUUUGUUUGGUGUGAGAGGUUGCCUUAUUUAUCUAUCAAGACCUCAGCAGGCACAUUUGGACCAAUCAAGUAUUACGUCAAUGGCAUUGAGAUAUCAGAGGGAACAACUCGCGACAUAUCAGCCACCAAUGGAGUUGUUCAUGGUCUAAAUGGGGUCAUGCAGAAAACAAGUCAAAAAACAGCCUAUGGGUGGAUCCAAAAUCCAGAUGAUGCUACACAAAGCUUUAGAAGAUUCUUAGAUUUGAUGAGCUACCUAUAUGUGGUGGACAACAUUAAUGAUCUUUCAUCACCAGACAGGAUCAACACCUUGUUUGUUCCCAAUGACAGUGCAAUGCAAAAGAUACCUAUCACCCAGUUGGACAAACUGAAGAAAAAUCCCUUACAAAUAGAACGGGUAAAUAUACACUUAGCAGAUCCCACAGAAUUAGAACAGGUAAAUAUACACUUAGCAGAUCCCACAGAAUUAGAACAGAUUCUUAAAGCUCAUUAUAUUCCUAAUAGAGCUAUUUUUACCAACUGCAUUUCUCAUAAUGAAGAAUUUACUAAUGCCGGAGGUCAACCAUUGACCUUCAGGAAGUCGUCAGAUAACAAUGUGUAUGUUAACAGUGACGGUGUGAGUGCAGCCAUUAUUGAAGGAAAUAUAACGGUGACCAACGGAGUGGUGCACGUGGUCGAUCAGCUGUUGGGAUUCGUGUACAAUAACGUUCGUGAACAAAUUCUACAAGAGGGAACGAAAUUUGACCAGCUGAUAAAUCUAGGCACGGAGAUCACAAGGCUUACCCUGGCGAAGCCCUCGGGGGUAACUGUUUUCGUGUCUCUUGACAGUGCCUUCCAGAAAAUCGCUAACACACCCUUGGUGCUUUGGCUGCAUAUUCUAGUACCCAACAACCCAAUUAUUAUCUCCUCCUUGCCAGCAUUAAGCGGCUAUGAGAAUCGUCAAUACAGACGAACCAUUUAUAAUGGCGAGAGUGUCACCAUUUAUAAUGAAAGAAAUGAAAUCUGGGUACAGGGAGGUAAUGUGAAGGCUCGCGUGAUCCGACCGGAUAUAAAGACUGUUAACGGCAUGAUCCACAUCAUUGAUUCCGUUCUAGGAAUCCCCUACCUGGAUCUCCCCAUGCUGAUCUGUCAUGACAUUUGGCUACUGCGUACAUACGACUAUAUGAGAAGAGUGGGACUAACAAAUUACCUGACGGACAGCAGAUUCACGGCAGAGAAGUGCAAUUUUGAGAUAUAUGGCUACCCUCCAAAUUACGGAUCAGCCGUGCUCACUAAUCAGGGAACGAACUGCCCUACUUACUGUAGCCAGGCCCAGUAUCAGAAUCAGUACCCCUGUAACACAGCACAGUGUCAGACAAAUACUGGUUCCACCACAUGUCCCACUUAUUGUGCCCAGGCGAAUUACCAGAACCAAUACCCAUGUAAUACAGCCAUAUGUGCCAAUACCAACAUUGGAGGGGGAACAACCUGUCCAACAUAUUGUUCACAGUCCCAGUAUGCUAAUCAGUAUCCGUGUAACUCGGUCAUUUGUAUGUCUGGGGGGUCUAACUGUCCCGCCUACUGUUCGCAGCCCCAGUACGCAAAAUCCCAGCAAUGCCUAACGUGUAAUGGGGGCUCAACAGCCCAGUGCCAGAAUGUGAGCUACUGCAGCGACCCAAGCAAUGCUAACAAAAGUCCGUGCAACACGUAUCCGUGUAACAUGCUGAAUGGCAUGAAUACAGGAUCACAGAGUUCCUCCGACUACGACAUGGGGUACUGCGGAUCGACCAGCGUGGCGUGUGAAUUCACAGUCUUUGUUCCUAAUUCCAGUGCUAUAGACUACAUUUCAGUGUCACUUAAUGGAAACAGAGUCAUGAGAGACACGCCAAGAUUUCAAUAUCUGUUUAAGAGACUUAUUGUUCCAGGGCGUAUUUUCUUAGAGAAGCUGGGGAAUGGAACCCAUGAGAUAAGAAUGAUUUCUGGAGAGACUGUUAGUCUCGUUAAAUCAAACCAAAGAGAUGUGAGGAUAUUCUUUGGAGGAGCAUCAGCGAAAGUUAUCCACAUGGAUGAAGGGGCAACAAAUGGGGUCAUGCAUAUCAUUGACCAGUUGUUAUUUGUUCGGGAAGAUCUUACAAGAAACAUCACAUCGUCGAGUAAUCUUGAGAAAUUGCAAGAGAUUCUGGGAUAAUAUUGUUAAAUCAUGAAAACAAAAGGAUA